UCUCGCUCUUCUUCUUCUUCUCUGACACGCACCCUCUUUCUCUCAUUCAAACUUUCUUUCUCUCUCCUUUCCCUCCCAUCAAAAUCGAAACUUUGAUAAGUUGGUAAAAUACCCUGGCGCUGAAUCCCAAACCCCUAAACCCUUUCACGCCCGCCCCAAUUUUUUCUUGUUUUAAACCCUAAUUACUUCGAUUUGUGCGUGCAAUCUGCUUACAUCGGCUCAAGUCUCGCCUGAUUCUCGCGCCGUGAUUGCCGUGAUGUCCAACUCCGGCCGUUUCGCUGAGACCCGGGUCCGCCAGGAUAGCCGGUUCUACAACCCGCCGCCGGUACGGCGCCACCAGCAGCAGCUCCUCCUGCAGCAGCAGUUGCAGAAGCAGCUCCAGAAGCAGUCCCGAGUCGACUCAGCCGAGGCGGAGGCCCGCGCCGACUCCUCGGAUGACUCGGCAUUGUCCCGGCCAAACUCUGUCUGCUCGUCCUCGCCUCCCAGCACUGCGAAUUUGACCAAUUUGGAUCGUCUUAUGGAUUCCGUCACGCCCUCAGUCCAGGCUCGGUACUUGCCUGAGUUGAGAUCGAGGCGUUGGCGAACACGGGAAGCUGAUCCACUCCCUUAUUAUUUACUUGAGGAAUUAUGGGAAUCUUUUAAAGAGUGGAGCGUCUUUGGAGUUGGAGUGCCUCUACUGUUGACUGGGAAUGAGCCUGUGAAGCAGUAUUAUGUUCCAUCAUUAUCUGGUAUUCAGUUGUACAUAGAUCCCCUUAGACCGAGGAGAACGGGUGAAGACAGUGAUGCCGAGACAUCGAGAGAGACAAGUAGUGCCGGCAGCAGUGACUGUGAAGUGGAAAGAAGAGGGAAAGGUAUUGUUGAUGCAUCAUGGAAUCAACACAAUCUUGUUAAUUCAAACUCACAGAAGAUGAAUAGACUGACAUUAAGAGAGAAGCCUCUUGUGAGUUCAUCGAGCGAUGAAGCGGAGGUCGGCAAUUCCUCUGGGACGCUAAUAUUUGAGUAUUUGGAGCAAGAGCAGCCUCAUCAUCGCAAACCUUUUUAUGACAAGGUUUCAAUUCUCGCAUCUCAGUUUCCUGAACUAAAAAGAUACAAAAGCUGCGAUCUAUCGCCUUCAAGUUGGAUUUGUGUUGCAUGGUAUCCAAUUUAUAGAAUACCUGUCGGCCCCACUCUGCAGAAUUUUGAUGCAUCCUUUCUAUCAUUUCAUCCUUUGUCGACACAUUCAAGAGGCAAAUUCAAGCCACAGCUUCAUGUUUCGAGUGGCAGAAGGGGCCGGGGCGUUAGCACACCCUCUAAGUUUUCUCUUCCUGUUUUUGGUCUCGCUUCCUAUAAAUUAGGAGGCUCAAUUUUAACUCCUAAUGGACCGCACGAAACCCAGCAGGCCAACUCUCUCUUGCAAGCUGCUGAUGAAUGGCUCCGGCAGCUUCAAGUUUCUCUUCCCGAUUACCAGUUCUUUGUAUCCCACAACACUCAGUGGAGAUAACAGAAGGACGGCGAUCCCUUCUCUAAAAUGCUUUGCUCUAUAGGCAUAAGAUUGUAAGGUGUCAAUUUUUGAUAAUGGUAUAAGAGAUAGAAAGAAUGUGUUUCUAGAGUAAAAGGCAUCUGUUUUCCUCUAUUCCCCACUAAACAGAUUGUUUUAUGUGCCUUCAUAACUUUGUAAUUAUCCACAUCUCCCCCCGGAAAUUUAGUAGGUCUUGAGGGGGAGAGGGAAGAAUGCUUAAUUGAUUCAGGUUCAACUUAGGUUGCUCUGACUCUUGAUUCUCAUGAAAGAAUUGCAGUCGGUUGGGGAUAUUCGAAGGAAAAGAAUUACUUAAUGUUUGUAAAAGUUGAUAUGUGCAAGUUGCAUAGAUUUCUACAUGAUUAACCAUUGGUUUUCUAUAUGAUAAUCAAUUGUUUU